AUUUGCUUUGACAGCAAACCCCGGAUUAUCAGCAAAGGGACCAAGGACACACCAUCUGUCUGCUCCAACCUUUCUGCCAAACACAGUUUCCAUGACAACAAGUGUCUGGUCCACAUCGUGCGUUCCACCUCCCUGAAAUACUCCAAGAUCCGCCAGUUCCAGGAGCACUUCCAGUUCGACGUGUGCCGGCACGAGGUGCGCUAUGGCUGCCUGCGCGAGGACAGCUGCCACUUCGCUCAUAGUUUCAUCGAGCUUAAGGUCUGGCUGCUGCAACAAUAUUCAGGAAUGACCCACGAAGACAUCGUGCAGGAAUCUAAGAAGUACUGGCAGCAGAUGGAGGCACAUGCCAGCAAACCAGCCAACAGCAUGGCUUCUCCCCGGGCUCCCACGUCAAGCACCUUUGACCUCCAGAUGAAAUUUGUGUGUGGCCAGUGCUGGAGGAACGGGCAGCUGGUGGAGCCGGAUAAAGACCUCAAGUACUGUAGUGCCAAAGCCCGCCACUGUUGGACGAAGGAGCGUCGCGUCCUGUUGGUGAUGUCCAAAGCAAAGAAGAAGUGGGUGUCUGUCCGACCGCUGCCUUCCAUCCGCAACUUCCCACAGCAAUAUGACCUGUGUAUCCACGCACAAAACGGCAGGAAAUGCCAGUACGUGGGCAACUGCUCCUUCGCCCACAGCCCCGAGGAGAGAGACAUGUGGACCUUCAUGAAGGAAAAUAAAAUACUAGAUAUGCAGCAGACCUAUGACAUGUGGCUGAAGAAACACAAUCCUGGGAAGCCUGGAGAAGGGACACCGCUCACCUCGCGAGAAGGGGAGAAACAGAUCCAGAUGCCCACCGACUACGCCGACAUCAUGAUGGGCUACCACUGCUGGCUCUGUGGGAAAAACAGCAACAGCAAGAAGCAAUGGCAGCAGCACAUCCAGUCAGAGAAGCACAAGGAGAAGGUCUUCACCUCAGACAGCGACUCCAGCUGCUGGAGCUACCGCUUCCCCAUGGGCGAGUUCCGGCUCUGCGAAAGGUUCCAGAAGAGCAAGGUCUGCCCCGAAGGAGAGGAGUGUCGCUAUGCCCACGGCCAGGACGAGCUGACCGAGUGGCUAGACCGGAGGGAGGUGCUGAAACAGAAACUGGCCAAAGCCCGCAAGGACAUGCUGCUCUGCCCCAGGGAUGACGACUUCGGGAAAUACAACUUCCUAUUGCGGGAUGGUGUAUAG